CUCUCAUUCUGUUACUCUCUCGAUGCAUGCCGUGCCCUAUCACAAUAUCUCACAUCAGUUGCCAAAAGUGCACGCCAUAAACAGGAAGGACGCAAUUGCAUUCAAAGAAAUUCCAGCUAUUUAAUCCGUUAUAGCCAACUAUAUAAGGACAAGAGCACAACAACACGGCAUAGUUCUAGUUAAUAUGCUGGACUUUUACUAUAUGCUAUACUCGGCGCCCUGCCGCUCGAUUCUGAUGCUGGCGCAGGCCUUGGGUGUGGAGCUGAACAGGAAGCAGGUGGACCUGGAUGCGGGUGAUCAUCUGAAGCCAGAGUUUGUUAAGAUUAAUCCACAGCACACGAUUCCCACGCUGGUUGAUGGUGACUUUGCCUUGUGGGAAUCACGUGCCAUCUUGCUGUAUCUGGUGGAAAAGUACGGCAAGGAUGAUGCACUCUAUCCCAAGGAUGCCAAGCAGAGAGCCUUGAUCAAUCAUCGCUUGUUCUUCGAUCUGGGCACAUUGUAUCAGAGCUAUGUCUAUUAUUAUUAUCCGCAACUGUUUGAGGAUGUCAAGAAGCCGGCCGAUCCCGAGAACUUCCAGAGGAUCGAUGCUGCUUUCGCUGCCUUCAACUCCCUGCUACAGGGCCAGAAGUAUGCGGCUGCAGAUAGCCUAACUGUGGCUGAUUUUGCGCUCUUGGCCACCGUCUCCACUUUCGAUGUGACUGGCUACGACUUCAGCCAGUACACCAAUGUGUCCAAUUGGUAUGAGAACGCCAAGAAAGAGUUGCCCGGCUGGGAGGAAAACUGGGAGGGCUGCUUGUACUACAAGAAAUUGUAUUUGUCGCAGCUAUAGCGAUUAUCCUUAGAUAUACCCUAUUGUUGCCAUGCACGCUCUAUCUGAAAUAGAAAAGAGUCAACGACUCUGACUACUUCGUCUUAUCAGUUA